AUGUCCAACAAUAAUACUGCAGUGCCUCCCUCAUCACCGGUAGUUGAGGAUGGUGACGACGAAUUGAACUUAUCUUCCAUUUCCUGUGAAUCGUGCAGACGCGCUCACAAACGUUGUGAUCGUCUCCUUCCAUCGUGUUCUAAAUGUCUCUCUAAGAAAAUUGAGUGUAAUUAUGUGGAACCUAAAAAAAGAGGAAAGGCCUCCGAAGCAUAUAAAAAGAAUAAGAAACUAAAACAAGAAAAACCACAAGAGGUUGGACAAAUUGUUGAUUAUUACUUUACAUUUGUUAGUGCUGGACAUCCAGUGAUUUCCAAAGCCAUAUUGGAAUAUUUUAUUGUGGAAUACUUGUCACAGUUGGAGAAUGGAGAGAAUGUUGAGUUUAGCCCCAAUGAAUUUAUUCACACACGAGAGGAAUUGAAUUAUUUACAUUUAUUUUUCUUAUCUAUCAAGUCAAUUUAUUAUCAAUUUACUUUUGAACAGCAAUCAGCCAGUGAAGUGAUGAAAUUGUGUGAAAAACGGUUGGGAAAGUAUUUGACACAAUCAUUUCAUUUCUAUAUUUAUGGAACAUGUCAAUUGAUUGCUAUUUAUUAUAGUGGAGUUGGAGAUUUUGCAAAGGUUACUUUUUAUGAUGCUUUGGUGAAUUUCUAUAUCCAUCAUUAUGUUAAAAACACAGCAGAUCAGUUUGAAAAGAACUUGGAAAGAAGAGCAGCUUUUUUUUGCCAAUACACAGGUGAAUUGGAAACUGACGCCGUUUCAUCAUUUAUUGAACGAGUACCUAAAAUAUUUGAGGUUUCAGUUGAUCAAAAGUUGGAAAAUUUACUAGUUCCAGGAGCCUUGGAGUAUUUGAGGGUUGCUCCUGUCACCCUUCAAAACUAUGAAUUUUUCAAGCAGGUACUAGAUUUUGUUUUCAAAGUGGUUGAACAAUUUAGAACGGAAUUAUGUAAAAAGAUGCCAGAUUGUAUUUCAGAUAGGUAUAUCAAGUAUUCUGAGAUGUGUAGAAACUUGAUCUACUUUGGUUUUCAAAUGAGGUAUUUGGUAAAGUUACCAAGUUUAUCGAAUGAUUUAGAAGAGGUAGCUCUCAAGAUUUCAUGCCUUACAGAAUCCGAAUACUUCAAAUGCUGCUCUGCUGAAAUGAUUGGAAGUGUGAGAAGUGCUGCAGAACUACAUUUGGAUAUUUGCAAACAAAUAGAAAAUGGAAUAAGGGAAAACAAUUCACCACUUGUGACAUCAACAGGAAAAGUGUUGAAUAUUGACUAUUUCUCAAUAUUGGAAAUGGAUUUGAAAGCAUUGACGUGUUUGGAAAGGAAAUUCAAAAGAGUUUCAACUACCUGUGGAGAAAUGAUCAAGCAAAUUAAUAUUACAUUACAGAACCAUUAUUCCAAACAGGCCAAUGUACUAUCGUCCACUGCCCAAGCACUUAGUUUACCUGCUCUUGUUGUCUCUCAUCGAAAUACCACUCCACAACUCAACGCCAUUACUGAAGGUGAUGAUAAAUGGAUAUCCUUGUUGAAAUAUCUUGAAGCCAUCAAGCAAAGAAUUGGAAAUCAAACAGAUGAGGACACCUUUUUAGAUUUUGAACAACUCCUCAGGUAA